AUGGCGUGGUACUCUAUCCUUCCAUCAGAGCUCACUCACCUUGAGAGCUGGGUAGCUCGUAUCUUCUUCUUCCUCGGUCUCAUCACAAUUGGUCCCUGGGCUUUCCUCGUACUUCUCGACGCAACCAUCUAUGUAUACCGACUGAUCCUCUGGGAGGUCCCUUAUAUAGGUGGAAGAGCACGUGGUCGACAGCGCCCUCGCGCGCCGAGCUUGAAUGAACGUCCGGGCGGGCGACGGAGGGCCUUUGGACUGCGCGGCGUGGAGACAGAUACCGGCGAUAGCGAGGGGCAAGAUCGCGACGACUCCACGGGGUCGGAAAGGGAGACUCUCAUGACCAUGGAAGAAGCUCUAUACAAACUAGAGAUCGGUGCACCAUGGCCCAUAUUUUCCAGACAUCUACUCUGUGUUAUUUUUGUGGGAUUGUUUGGUGUCAUGUGGAAGAUUCGACAAUUUCACAAGGCUACUGCAUACGAGAGGUAUAAGACAACUUGCUUGGACAAUAAGGGAUUAUCUAUCACACCUUUAGAGAAAUUCAACUGGGAAGAGACUGAGCCGUUACAACUCCGGCCUUUUCAAGGAAAAGACAAAUAUAACCUGACUAUGGCACUUGAGAACCUCGAUCCAUCAGAGCUCAUCCCGAUGGACAAAACAUACAAAAGCCGACUCGCUCAACGCAAGUCCGUACUCGACCAGCACCACGACAUCGUGGUGGCAAUCAAUAAUGAUCAAACCCCAAAGGAGGACCCUCGCAUCCGCCCCGCCAUUAGCGAACUAUAUAAUUUUGUGCUGGAAACAUACUUACCAACCCGAUAUCCGAGCAUGUUCCGUCUAAGCGCUGAGAGCUCGCUCUUCCAAAAUCUGGUAACAGGCGCAACCUGGCCAACAAGACUGUCUCCAACAACGCCAACUACCAAAGCCCUGGAAAUCCUAGCCCAGACAGUAGACGAGGAUUUCCUGAUCCUGCUACCUGAUCUCUCACCCGAUACCGAGGAACAACCGAGAUAUGUACUGCAGGCAUAUGCGACCUGUUUCCCGGCUGGCUUUAACACGCGCGAGAAACUGGGGUUGCGUUUGGCGGACAUUCAUGGCCCCGUCCCGCGGUAUCAGGAGAGAAUUGGGCGCAGCAUGGAUAAGUUCUUUGCACGUAUCGAGGUUGGGAAGUUUGUGAAACGGUUCAACUGGAGUAUUACUAUUGAUACAGGCCUGUUUGCUGCUUUUGGUGGAACACAUGCUGUGUCGGGAGUAAAGGAGGAUGCUAUUGAAGUUGGGAAAUUGAAUAUUGAUCAGACGGUUCUGCGAUGUGAGCGUCAGACACUGCAUCGGCUGCCGGUGUCUAAGGCUCUUGUCUUUUUCGUCCACACUUAUGUUUAUCCAGUUAGGCAGAUUAAGGAUGAGGGUUCGGGUGAGGACCUUGCGAAUGCGAUUGAUGGCUUGAAGAGAGGGAAUGUGCCAGAAAUUCAUACUUAUAAGAAGGGAGAUGUGUGGGGAGAAGCAUUGAAGGACUUCCUAAGGGCCUAG